GUGUGGAAUAUAGCAUCAGUGAUUCCAAUGGAUAAAGGAAUGAGUUCAGGUGGCAACGGUAACGGUAACGGUGGCAAUGGCAGCUCAAAAAGUAGCCACAGUGACGAACUGAUCAAUGAGGAGAAUUUCUUGGGGAUUUGCAGCAGAGAAUUGCUCGCCAGAGGGUGUGAACUCCUCAAACGCACCCGCAAAGGCGAUCUCCAUUGGAAAAUAGUUUCAGUUUACAUCAACAGAAUGAAUCAGGUUACUUUGAAGAUGAAGAGCAGACAUGUUGCAGGGACCAUCACCAAAAAGAAAAAGAGUAAGAAAUCAUUACACAAACCCUUGUUCCAUGUGACAUUCUCACGAAAUCUAAGAAGAAGCAUUUAGAAACCUUGUUCAAGAUUCUGAUGGGUUCAAAGACAAAAAGAAUGCAUGUCAUAUUCUCAUGGUAUUGAUGUAAGAGAACUAAAGUUUAGACUUCACUUUUGUCACCAUCUAACAUCAAUAAUAUGCCAGAGCCAUUGAAAAGAGAAUUCAAAACUUUGAUGUGGGUCUGCUUCGAAUUUGGGGAUUUGAGACAGAAAAAAAAAAGCAAAAGCUUUGGAUCUAAAGUAACUAAAGGAUCUAAAAAGAGGGUCUAUUCUUUUACUUU